CAGAGAAACUUACCCGAGCUGUUCCCGUGUGUGUGUGUGUGCUUGGGAAUGUACUGGACACUGCGUGAGAAACACGGCCUCGGUCUCACCGCUGCGAGCGUCUUAAUGCCGGGAUGUUAACGCCACUCUGAGACACGUUAUCAGCGCCCAGGCUUUACUGCUGCUGUUGUUUUUGUUUUGUUGUUGUUGAUUUAGAUCAGACUCGUUUUCCGUGUUCGGUAUUUGUGAUGAAGUGACAGCGCGUAUUGCGUGUCGGGGAUCUCGGGAUUUCUGCUGGACUCUAUAACAGAGUGAGGCUGGCGUGGAGAGGCAGGCAGCAUGGCUGAGCCCAGGCGAGACAGCACCAGCAGCUUACAGAGGAAGAAGCCACCAUGGCUCAAACUGACCAUUCCUACUGCUCAGAUGUCUCUGGACGAACCGCCCACCUUUGUCCAGCCUGUGAGGAGGCAGGGGUUUCUCCGCAGUGUCAGCAUGCCUGUCGAAACGUCCCAUUUUGCAUCGCCACAACACGACCCUUUCGAGCAUCGACGACCUCCGCUACAGCACCAGACCUCUAUCACACAGACUAUCAAGAGGGGCACAGCAGACUGGUUUGGUGUUAGCAAGGAUGGCGACGCCACACAGAAAUGGCAGAGGAAGAGCCUGCGCCACUGCAGUCUCCGCUACGGUAAGCUGAAGCCUCAGGUGAUCCGGGAGAUGGAACUUCCCAGCCAGGACAACAUCUCUUUGACCAGUACGGAGACACCACCGCCUCUUUAUGUACCUACAUCCCAGCAUGGGAUACCAAAGAUCGUGGACCCGUUGGCACGAGGUCGGGCCUUCCGCAUGGUGGAGGAAGUGGACGGAUACAGUGUGCCCCAUACGCCCAUCACACCUGGUGCCACCUCUCUCUGCUCCUUCACCAGCUCCCGAUCCGGCCUCAACCGGAGACCUCGCCGACGCAAGCGUGAGUCUGUGGCCAAGAUGAGCUUCAGGGCAGCGGCUGCCCUUGUCAAGGGACGCUCAUUCAAAGAAAGCACCCUGAGGCAGGUUCACAGGCGCAGCUUCACCCCGGCCAGCUUCAUUGAGGAGGACGUCGUGGACUUUCCUGAUGAGCUGGACACGUCCUUUUUUGCGAGAGAUGGCCUGAUGCAGGAAGAAAUGUCAACAUUUCAUGACGAGGUGUUUGAGUCUCCUUCUGACUCCACCACCAAGGACGUGGACAGCAAGCAGCUGGACGAGUCAGAACUGACUGGUAGUGCGCUAGACAAGAGUGAACUAGAGAGGAGUCAUCUGAUGCUACCUCUAGAGAGAGGCUGGAGAAAGGCCAAGGAAGGAAGCCCUGCGCCACCCAAAGUCCGGCUGAAACAGGAAGUGGUCAGUGUAAGCGGGCAGAGACGAGGGCAACGGAUUGCUGUACCUGUCAAGAAGCUCUUUGCGCGAGAGAAACGGCCAUAUGGGCUUGGCAUGGUGGGCAAGCUGACCAAUCGGACGUACCGCAAACGCAUAGACAGCUAUGUGAAAAGGCAGAUAGAGGAUAUGGACGAUCACAGGCCCUUCUUUACCUACUGGAUCACGUUUGUCCACCUACUCAUUACUAUUCUGGCUGUAUGUAUUUAUGGCAUAGCACCCGUGGGUUUCUCUCAGCAUGAGACAGUCGAUUCUGUUUUAAGAAACAAAGGUGUCUAUGAGAAUGUCAAGUAUGUGCAGCAAGAGAACUUUUGGAUUGGACCAAGUUCGGAGGCUCUGAUCCAUCUGGGAGCCAAAUUCUCACCCUGUAUGCGACAGGACCAGGAGGUGCAUGCUCAAAUCCAGCAGAAACGUGAGACUGAGCGCAACUCGGCCUGCUGUGUGCGCAACGACCGCUCGGGCUGCCUGCAGACGUCUGCGGAAGAGUGCUCGAGCACACUGGCUGAGUGGGUGAAGUGGCCCGAUCAUCCUAGCACUCCACAGGACGGUACACCCCACAACUACGGCUCUGUGUGCCAUCAGGACCCCAGGAUUUGUCUGGAGCCAGCCUCUGUAACACCUCACGAGUGGCCUGAUGACAUCACUAAGUGGCCAGUCUGCACCAGGUACAAUACUGGCAAUCACACAAACCUGCCCCACAUUGACUGUACAAUCACCGGUCGGCCAUGCUGUAUUGGAACUAAAGGAAGGUGUGAGAUCACAUCACGGGAAUACUGUGACUUCAUGAGAGGUUCUUUCCACGAAGAGGCAACGCUGUGUUCACAAGUACACUGUAUGGAUGAUGUUUGUGGCCUGCUGCCCUUCCUGAACCCAGAGAAACCUGACCAGUUCUACCGUUUAUGGCUCUCUCUCUUUUUACAUGCAGGGAUUUUGCACUGCCUGGUUUCGGUGAUAUUUCAAAUGACAAUCUUGAGAGAUAUCGAGAAGUUGGCUGGUUGGCUGCGUAUCUCCAUCAUCUACAUUCUGAGCGGCAUCACAGGGAACCUGGCCAGUGCCAUCUUCCUGCCCUACAGAGCUGAGGUGGGUCCUGCAGGCUCGCAGUUUGGCAUUCUGGCAUGCCUUUUUGUGGAACUCUUCCAGAGCUGGCAGAUCCUGGCACAGCCAUGGCGGGCAUUCGCCAAACUGCUGUGCGUGGUGCUUGUUCUCUUCGCCUUCGGCCUCCUGCCCUGGAUUGACAACUUUGCCCACAUCUGCGGCUUUGUGUCAGGUUUCUUUCUGUCGUUUGCUUUCCUGCCAUACAUCAGCUUCGGCCGCAUGGACAUGUACCGCAAGCGCUGCCAGAUCCUUGUCUCUCUCACACUCUUCCUGGGCAUCUUCUCUGGUUUUGUGGUUCUCUUUUAUGUCUAUCCCAUCAAGUGUGAGUGGUGUGAGCUGCUCACCUGCAUUCCCUUGACAGACAAGUUUUGUGAGAAGUACGACCUGAAUGCACAUCUCCACUGACACAGCUAUGAGGAAGUCAAGGAGCUUGUUCUGUUCCAGCUUUCGGGUUGGAAGGGAAUGAAGAACUGCCAUGCUCCCCCUGAGGCAUGGAUGAUGGCAGCAUGGACGAUGCUUUUGUGUUGUAUGUUUUUUACUCUCUUACUGUACGUUGGAACAUGCAUUUUGACCACUUGGAUGAACUUUAAGAGAUCGUUUUUCUUUACCCCAGUAGUUUUUAUUCCUUGUCUGUUAUUGGUUGUCUAUGAAACCGGGACAGUAGCCCCAACCACCUCUCAUAUAGAUGCUAGUCUUUGAGAUGGUGAGAGAGAAUAAGCACUGGUACAACAAACAGAAGAACAGAUAUUAAUAGAUGUAUUAUUUUUUACUUUUCAUGUUUUAUCACGCCACGAAAUCAGGCAAAGGUUUUACCAUUGUUCAGACAACCUCAGCUUUCCAGGGACAUAAAAGAAAAACAGUCUGUACCAUCAGUGCCUUGGUAAAUACUACCAUAUUUUGGUUACGUGUCCAGCACUCAAAUGUUAUUCUUUUAUUUGUGUACUGCUUCAAAUGGAGUAAUGAUCAAAUAUUCUAUAAAGGGUAGUGUUUUAGCUACCUUGUCAUUUACUUGUUACAAAUACAGCUUUAAAUAAUCUUCACUUCAUUUAGGUGUCUGUCCGUUUCUUGUUGGUCAACACGUUUCUUAAUCUAAAUCGUUAAAGAACAAACACAAUAAAAUACAAUACAGUACUGUU